UUAACGUCCACCAUUUCAGCCCGGAAGUUUGGUAAUUUGUUUUUACAUUGAUUAUGUAAUUUUUUUAUUAAAGGGUGUCCCACUGCUUGAAACCUAAACCAACUUGUUAAACUGCCUGGCAGUUUGUCACGACUCUCAGUUGAAAUUUGAUUUCCUGACAGUCACCUGCUGCUUGCGGAGGACAAGAGUGAGAGCUGCCUAGCUAUCCCGGCUAGCGGUGGGACAACAUGAGCUAACGCUAGGUGUUCCGACAAGAAAGUUAACCAGCUACUUCCUGCUGUGAGAAGACGAGAAACGCACCUGUCGGACUUAUCACUCAUGUGUUUACGAUAGUAACAUGUCGAAUCAUCUCCAGCCGGCUUUCCCGAUCCAACAGCAGCCUAAACUGAACUCUGCUCCUUUCCCACAAUGUUUUGUGAAAUCGUUUAACAAUCCUCUUCAAAUCAAAAGGAACGUAAUAACAGACGAUUACACUGUAACAAGGCAGGUGCUCGGGAUGGGAAUAAAUGGCAGAGUGUUGGAAAUAUUCCAAAAAGAGAGUGGAGAAAAGUAUGCACUAAAGAUGCUGCAGGAUUGUCCAGAGUCCAGACGGGAGGUGGAGAUCCACUGGAGGGUGUCACCCUGCCCCCAUAUUGUACCCAUCAUAGAUGUUUAUGAGAAUCUCUACCAGAGCAGGAAAUGCCUCCUCAUCGUGAUGGAGUGUAUGGAUGGAGGUGAACUAUUCAGUCAUAUCCAAGACAGAGGGGAUCAUGCAUUUACAGAAAGAGAGGCCUCGGACAUCAUGAAAAGUAUUGGAGGAGCCAUACAUUUCUUGCAUUCCAUCAACAUUGCUCACAGGGACAUCAAGCCAGAGAACCUGCUGUACACUUCCAAAAGCCCAGAUGCCCUCCUCAAGCUGACGGAUUUUGGGUUUGCCAAAGAAAUCACCACUUUAAACUCUCUAGCAACACCAUGUUUCACGCCUUACUACGUUGCUCCAGAAGUUCUUGGUCCAGAGAAGUAUGACAGAUCCUGUGACAUGUGGUCUCUGGGUGUCAUUAUGUAUAUUCUACUUUGUGGAUAUCCCCCUUUUUUCUCACAUCAUGGUCUGGCAAUAUCCCCAGGAAUGAAAAGAAGGAUCUGUAAUGGACAAUAUGAGUUCCCCAACUCCGAGUGGUGUGAUGUCUCUGAGGAAGCCAAACAGCUAAUUUGUCACUUACUGAAAACCGAGCCUACCCAGAGAAUGAACAUCAGCGAGUUCAUAAACCAUCCCUGGAUUAAUCAGUCAGUGGAGGUCCCACAAACGCCUCUUCACACCAGCCGAGUGCUGCACGAGGAACAAGAUGUCUGGGAGAAGGUUAAGGAGGAAAUGACAAGUGCCCUGCAAACCAUGAGAGUGGACUAUGAUCAAAUUAAAAUCAAAACCAUUGAAGACUCUACUAAUCCUCUACUCUUGAAGAGAAGAAAGAAAACUAAAAACUCAGCCACACAAUCUCCGGGCUAGGGAAAUAAAGAGCUAGUCAGUUCCCUACAAACAUACAUGCGUACAAUUUUUCAGGAAAAAAAACUUUCAAGGAGAGCUUUAGGAAUGAUGUGCAUUGCCAAGUGCCUUUCAAAUAAUACCUUUGUAAUGUGAUUUUAGUCAUUUAAAUUUAUUUCUGUUCACCUCAAAUGAUUUAAUGAUUUUAGGCAUUUUGGUAAAUGUGCUUUAUGGACUUUUGAACUAUGUAUUGAAAAAUAGUGUGUGUGUGUGUGUGCAGUAAGGCUUAUUCAUGACUCCUCUCACUAGAGGAAACAAAAAUCUACUGCAUGUGUUGUAUAUUCUGACAGUUGUAAUAAUUUUAAUGUACAUAUGUAAGUGAACUAAGUCGGCGUCAACUGACAGUUUUUAGGUUGUUUUCUGUCUAAAGUUGUACUGUUCUCAGUGUUAAAAAACAUUUUGACUGACUUUUUGCCUUGAGGGUAUUCAUUCACAUGUGUCUUUUGCAUGAUCAUUACCAGAAACCAGAGCUUUUGUUUUGUAUGCGUACGUGAUGUCAGGAGUAUUUCUCCUUUCCACAAUUUAGAGGAUUUCUUGCCACAUUGUGGUUGUGUAGCAUCUAAAACUAUUUUACCAUGUGUAGCAACAAUGAAACUUGCUACGCUCUUGACGGGUGAUAAUUGCAUUUGAUUGAUGAAACACUGCUAUCCACUGGACAACUUGUGCGCCUGUAGCAUUUAUUUUCCCCAAAGCAGUAAUUUAGAAGUAGUUGUGGGAGGUCUGUCUGAGGCAUGGGAAGAAAAGUGGAUGGCCGUAAACUUUUAGAUUGUGACAAGAUUUACAGUGGACGACGUUGCACAUUACUGUUAUCUUGUGUCUUUUAGUCUGGAUUAAAUCUCUUGAUAUUCUC